AUGUCGGCGUUGGGGCGAAUUUCUGUACGCCGGCGCUGCUCCUUCUCCGACGCCGCCAAGGCGGGGAAGUGGACGGAGAAAGGCCAGCUGCUCCAGGUAAAGAGCCGCCUAGAGGUGGGCGGUGCCAGCUGCCUUCAGCUGGACUCAGGUGAGUGGCUGGUGUUCCACAAGGAGUCCAUGCCCUUGGAGGGGCCACUGGAGGUUCGGCCCAUGGACAACGAGGAGGCGGCGGUCACCGCGGAGGAGGCGGUCACCUUGCGGAAGGACCCCACGGAGCUGCCCUGGGCACUCACCAAGAAGGUUCUGCUGCCGGGAUCCAAGGUGCUGGCCAUCCGCAGGGCGCAUCUGCACGGGGAGAUGUGGAUGGAGGUGAUGCAGCUGGGGGGUCUGUCGGGCUGGAUCUUGGCCUCUGAGCUACAGCUGGACUUCGCCAUUUCCUCCCUGCCACGUAGGAACCGCUGA